CCUCCACCGGAAGCUGAACGAGGUUUCCUGCUCGCGCUGUUGUGGGACAACAUGGCGGCCUUGUGGACGGUCGUGUCCCAGUCUAGGUGUGGACUCCGAUUAACCUCCUGCAGGUUCAUCAGGAGCUCCUUCUGCUCAGACUCCAGCAGGCCCUCCGGCAGCGACCAGCCCACCUCGGACAGACCCAGGUCCGGCUUCGCUGCCGCCUUCGACCUGCAGUCGGAGCUCCGGCGGGAGGCGGCGAGCGCUGAGGCCGGCCUCAAAGGCUCCUCCUCCGACCAGGACCAAAGCUUCGCCUCGCUGCUCCGCCGGUCCCCGCUGAUCCAGAUGGGACCGGCCAAGGACAAAGUGGUGGUCGGGAGGAUCUUCCACGUGGUCCAGGACGACCUGUACAUCGACUUCGGCGGGAAGUUCCACUGUGUGUGCCGGAGGCCGGCGGACGGAGGAGAGAAGAUGCAGCGGGGCACCAGAGUCCGUCUGCGUCUGCAGGACCUGGAGCUCACAGCCCGCUUCCUGGGGGCCAAAACCGACACCACGCUGCUGGAAGCCCAGGCCGUACUACUGGGCCCGCUAGAGGGACGAGAUGGACGGGAAAACCAGAACCGGGACUGAGCGGACAGACAGUCAGACCCUGCUAAAGUAAAAUCGGGGAUUUUCUAAAGGGAGUCUGGCGGCAACAAGCCUGAGACUGGAGGAAUGAAACUGAACAUUUCUGUUUGUGUUGUUCAUGACAAACUGUGGAGGCGGGAAAACUAUGCAGAUGUUUCCAGACACACACACACUGACUGACCACUGAUGUGUGUGACGCUUUAUGUAAAAUUUCACUCCUCAGAAACUGAAGUUUUAAUUUUUGGGCUCGGGACUUCAGAUCCGAUCUGUAAGGACCAGCUGUGAAGCUAAAGAGAUAUUAAAAUAAUAAAUAUUCAGUCAA